AUGGAAAAGAAGGGACCUAAACCAAAUGCUGUGACAUUUGUUGGAGUUCUCACUGCAUGUAAUCACAAAACUCUGGUAAAUGAAGCAUGGCGAGUAUUGGGACGUAUGAGUAAAGUUUAUAGCAUUGCUCCAGAGAUUGAGCACUAUGGGUGCAUGGUUGAUCUCUUGGCCCGUGCUGGGCGAGUGAAUGAGGCAGAGAUAUUGAUAAGAAGUAUGGCAAUGGAACCAGACGGAGCUAUAUGGGGGUCUUUACUUAACGGGUGUCUGAUACAUGGCCAUUUUGAGUUAGCCGGUAAGGUUGGGAAGCUUCUCAUUCAAUUAGAGCCUCAACAUAGUGGAAGGUAUGUUCUUUUAGCAAACAUGUACGCCAAAAUGGAAAACUGGGAAGAUGUGUUGAGGCUAAGGAAAAUGAUGAAGGAUAGAGAGGUAGUUUCAAUUUCUGCUUGGAGUUUCAUUGAGAUUGAUGGUGUUGUGCAUAAAUUCUUAGCCAAUGAUAAGUCUCAUUCUCAUUCAAGAAGUAUAUACCAAACAUUAAGUCAAGAAGUUAGUGAUUGCAAAGGAACCAGACAAGUGGACAUCCUGUACUAUUGUGUGUCCUUGAGUCAUAAGCUUCUCCAAGGGACUGAGAAUUAUAUAAAGCUUCAUCAGAUUGUGGAUGAAACUGUCAAGAAGCUUCAAGCUGAAGUAUCUGGCUUACCUGUUAAUAUGCGCAGGGUUAUAUUUUGGCACUGUAAGGCUCAAAAUAUGAAUUAUCCUGCACACCAACUUGCAUAG